UUUUCGCUGUCGCUGAAGCUCCGAACGAAUGCGCAGGCGUCAGGGAUGCGGAAGGUCUCGAAUAUUGCGCAUGCGCGCAGCGCUCAAAAGGCCUCCGAAGUUUCGUUUAAAGGUUAAAAAACAACAAGGAUUUUGUCUACGGGAAUCUCGAACACAACACGCUGCUUUGCUGUCUCUGUCCAGAUUUUUAAGAAGUGGAGCAAGGGAUUCAAUCAACCAUCCUUCCUGCUCAGACUGUGGGGAGGGAUUCACUCAAUCAUCUGACCAAAGGGAAAAGGCCAUUCACCUGCUCAGACAGUGGGAAUGGAUUCUCUUGGUCAUCUCAGCUGAAGGUGUCUCAUCAAGUUCACGCUGGACAAGGCCAUUCAUCUGUUCUGUGGGUGAGAAGGGAUUCAGUCGGUCUUCCCACCUGUGGUUCACACUGGGCAGAGGCUGGUCAUCUGCUGAAUUUGUGGGGAGGGAUUCACUUGGUCAUCUGACCUAAUGGCUCACCAGCGAGUUCACACCGGGCAGCGGCCGUACACCUGCUCGGACUGUGGGAAGGGAUUCACUAAAUCAUCUCAACUACUGAGUCACCAGUCAGUUCACACUGCAGUGAGGGAUUUCACCUGCUCAGUCUGUGGGAAGAGCUUCACUCAGUCAUCAAACCUACAGAGACACCAGCGAGUUCACACUGGGGAGAAGCCGUUCACUUGCUCAGACUGUGGGAAGGGAUUCACUCGAUUAUCCAACCUACAGAGUCACCGGUCAGUUCACACUGGGGAGAAGCCGUUCACCUGCCCAGACUGUGGGAAGGGAUUCUCUCAGGCAUCCCACCUACUGAGACACCAGUCAGUUCACACUGGGGAGAGGCCAUUCAUCUGCUCAGUGUGUGGGAAGAGGUUCACUCAGUCAUCCAACCUACAGUGUCAUCAACGAGUUCACACUGGGGAGAAGCCGUUCACCUGCUCAGUCUGUGGAAAGGGAUUCACUUGCUCAUCCACCCUAUUGGCACACCAGUCAGUUCAUACUGGGGAGUGGCCAUUCACCUGCUCAGAAUGUGGGAAAGGAUUCACUCAGUCAUCCGAACUACUGACACACCAGUCAGUUCACACCGGGGAGUGGCCAUUCACCUGCUCAGAAUGUGGGAAGGGAUUCACUCGGUCAUCUGAUCUGCUGGCACACCAGCUAAUUCACAAUGGGGAGAGGCCAUUCACCUGCUCAGACUGUGGGAAGACGUUCACUCAUUCAUCCAACCUACAGAGACACCAGCGAGUUCACACUGGGGAGAGGCCAUUCACUUGCUCGGUCUGUGAGAAGAGAUUCAAUCGGUCAUCCAACCUACAAAGACACCAGCGAGUUCACACUGGGUAGAGGUGGAUCUGUUUGAGAAGAGAUUCUCUCAGUCAUCUCAACUGAAUGUGCACCAUUGAGUUCCCACUGGAGAGAGGCCGUUCACCUGCUGUGAAUGUGGGAAGCGAUUCACUCGGUAAUCUAAACUUGUGACACACUACCGGGUUCACACUGGGGAGAAAGUUUCAAUAAGCUGCAUGCUGGAUAUUUGUCCAUCACUGUUGCUGAAUGUAAUUUCGGGAGUGACUGUCGGUGCUGAACUCUGCAAUUAUUGCUGCUGCUCACCACACCCAGUUCUGCACCCUGGUCACUGGGCACGGGAGGAGUUUCUUCUGCUGCACACUCACCUUUAAUGGGACUAGAGUUUAAUAUUCUGGAUCUGAGACAGAUAAAUGAGUUUUAUUUCAAACUCUGUCUCCAGUACUUAGUGAAUUUAUAACACACCUAGUGUACAGUAGAGUGUCAACUCAGGCCGGCUGGACCUGCCAGUAAUUCAGUUCCAUGACAGUACUUUUAAAUCCUCCUCUGUUGUUCCCCUCUCGCUUUCCCUGUGGUGAUGGGUUCCAAACAGUCACCACUCUGUGGGUGAAGAGGUUUCCCUUGAAUUCUCUGCGGACUGAACAAGUCAAGCUGACUACAGUUCUGUCUGAGAUGUUCUUCACCCCUCAAAUCUCUGGGCUGAGGAAGAAUGACACUGGGAGUUAGCCUCCUGAAUCACGACUCAUUUCCACAUUAUGGGUCCUUUUCCUUGCUUCUAAAGUGUUGUUACAAAGCACCCCUGUCCUCUAAUGACAGAAAGCAGAAUGGGAAAACAUGAAUUGGAUGUUCAACGGAGCAGGGUCAGAAACCAGAGUCGGGUCUGCACAAAACAGAGUUUGGAGCUCUGCACGAUGGUUGGGGUAAGAAGGAGAAGGGAAUCAGCAGCGGGGCGUGGCAACGAAUGACAGAGUAGCAACAUUUGGAAGCUGAUUGACUGAGAAAAUAAUUUGUUUGUCAGACUGACGACAUAAACAAUACCUGUGGGGCUCCACUGGUCAAGGAACAUGUGUGUGAUGCGAAUUGUUUUAUCUAUUGAGGGAGUUGUUCCUGCUUGUUUAUCCUGUAAUAUUAUAUCUGAAUGGUUAUUAUGGAUUGUCCAGUCUGUAAUAAUCUAUUGAUUAUCUAUAAUUUGUAAGAUUUUGACUCUAAAACUGGAUCAGACUUGAAUUGAUGGUGCCUUUAUGAAGUUACUUUGGCCAUUCAUGAGCUUAAAGCAAAAUUUUGGUGAAUGAUAUUUGCCAUUUGAUUGUACCUCUGUAAGUAAUCAGAUUGAGUAAAACUGCUGCAAGAUCUCGGAAUGUGUCGGAUUGUAUCUGGUUUCUCUCAGCAUUUUCUGCAUUUAUCACCUUGUUUGUUAGUCUUGUAUGUAUUUUUGAUCAUUUUUAUGUUAACCACCCUGUCCUGUAAUUUCCACAAGGAAUCUUUCUUUCUGCGAAAAUGCCUCCCACUUUGAGUCAGGUGCUCGAUGCUUCCUUGUCAACACCUAGUCGGCUCAGAUCGUUGGGAUGUCUCCCAUGGAGGGUCAUACUCAUUCCACUGGUUAAUGUUUUCUUCCAGAGUGAUGAUUCAUUUUUCUGAGUUGGCCUAUCAUUUCAGUUUUCUGGUGUGUACUUCAUAUGACAAUUAACAACAUAUAAGAAAACAUAUAUUUAGGAGCUUUAUGCGACCGUUGUGUCAGUUUUUGUUGUCGGUAAUUCCUCAUCCUCCUUCUGUCCUAGGUAGUGUUGAACUUUCAGUGUAAAUACUUUUAUCUAAACUUGUCCUUUUAGUAGCUUUUAUUCUUUAUAAUUUUUCCAGAUCAGAAUGGGACCAAGGUAUUUUUCCUAAAGAAGACAUUAACAUGGGUAUAGUGAAAGUGUUUUUUCCCACUGUAGUGUUUGUUAUUCUAUUGAGUUCUGC